AUGGAGGGUUCUGUGCUUGAGACUGGUGAUGGUGCUAUAAUAGAGCGGUUUCGACACCUUAAGGCUGCUGCUGUUAGAGCUGGAUUGGGCAUGGGGAGGCGGUCAAAUAGAAAUGUUGUUGAGACUGGGGCUUCUUUUGUUGGGCCAGUGGCUGAUAGGAAUGUUAAUCGGGGAAUGAGUGGUGGCUUGGAGGGUGGGGGUUUCGAGCAUAGCAUUGGGCAGAGGGGGAAGGGUUGCAAAAGGAAAAGUAGCUGUCUUGUUGCCAUGGCAUUGGGGAUGAGCAGCGAUGUAAGGACGGUACAAGGGAGUAGUGGCAACUUCUACGAUUAUAGUGCUAGGGAGUCUAGUUUGGAUUCGUUAAUAACAAUUCCUCCCAGGCCAAAGGCACAGAGAGUGGAGAGUGGGAGACAGCAGGUUGUGGCUCUGGCUGUGUCCCAUAUCCAUGUUCCAGUUUCAGAAGCCCUAAGGCAUUUAAGGACUAGUAAUAGUAGUACUAGUACAGUGGGGGAGAAUUUGCCUGUAGAAAGAGAAGGUUUUCAGGUAUCCCGCAGAAGUGCUUUUACGAGGGUGUUACCAGAGAAUGCUAUCACUCCUCCUCACAUUUUUCCAGUGCUUGCUGAUGCGGAAAGGUUGCUCGAUGCACUUGAGACAUAUUUUAAUAAUGGCCAGUUGUAA